UGCAUGUACCCUUUAUAUGUACCUCCUAACCUAACUUCUCUUACUUCUUGUUUGCGACAGCUACUCGUAUUAUACAAAUCAACUUCCUCUCUGUACAUACAUGCGCCUAUAUAUCUCGGUACAUAAUCCAAUUGGCCGCCUGUAAAUACAUACCUUAAGGUGCCUGCACAAUGCCUCCUAGACCACGCUUAAAACCAACAUAUACCCUCCGCUUGCUAUCUCCAGUUGUCUGCCGACAACCCGCGCCCCGAGUAGAAUCCUUUGCCUCCUUCAGUAGCAAAUACUCGAGUCGCAAUUCCUCCACCACGACGAAGCCAGUCGUACUGCCGCUCCCGCCUAGUAAAUGGUACUCGGACCUCAAAGCGCGAAUCGGAAAAUGUAUCAUGUUCGGCUGCACCAACGACCAGGCGCUGCAAGCCGCCGCCAUCCUGCGCGUCCUCGGCACGGAGUGGCGCGAGCUAACCGCCGGUGCCGAGGGGUUUCUGACGGGCGGGCAUAGGGGACUUGAGAACCAGCAGGUUGUGUGGGGGGAGAUGGACAGUUUUGGCCAUGUGAAUAAUACCAAUUACAUCCGGUACGCCGAGUCUGCGCGCGUCAACUGGAUCAUACACUUUGCGAGCGUAGACCCGGGGAACGGGACGCGGUGGAGGGAGCUUAUGACGCCGAAGGGGACGGGGCUGAUUAUGAAGUCAAUUAAAGCCGAGUAUAAAUUCCCCAUGACCUACCCAGACACCAUUGCCGCGUACCACAAGCUGCGCUCGCAGCCCUCGGCUACCGACACCUCGCUCGUGCUCGACUGCAUCAUUCUGUCGCACCUGCACCGGCGCGUCGCCGCGCGGACGGAGGAAGACAUCGUUAUAUACGACUACGGGGCCGCGCAGAAAACAUCGGUCCCGCCCUUCGCGCUCGGCGCGUUCCAGGACGUCUGGCGUCGGCAGGAAGAGGAGACGCGGGAAGCUAGGCAGCGCAUAUGGGAACUUGUGAAAAGGGUAGAGGGGCUCGAGAAGGGGACUUGGGAUAGGCCGGGUGCGGUGGAAGAUCUAGGGGGGAAGGGGGGUGUUAAGAAGGAUGAUUCUGGGAUAGAGGAGGUUCUAGAAGAUGAUGUUGAAAAGGAGGAGGAGGUUAGAAAGGAGGUCAAGGAAGAUGUUGUCAAGAAGAGCGGCGCACCUACUAACACGAUUGUUAAUAAGGUACGCUCGUUGUUUUAAUUUUCUCCUGGGGAGAAGUGUUGAAGAUAGAAGGGGUUAGGUAUCAGAGGGAACAUAUGUGUUCCCUUGAGGUGUUACGAAACUAGUGAAGCGGGUGGCGGGUGGCGGCGUCGUUUCCAGUUUGUACGACUUCAUGGCUAUAUGUAGGAGUCAUCGUACUCCCAGCGGCAUCAGAUAUCCUAGAGAUUCCAGGCGUGUUUCUCGCUUAAGUUUUCUGAUACGAAGAUAGUAGACACUUAGAAGCUUGUGCCUUGUUAUACUACCAGAUAGGGAUUAUAUAGUGCUAUAGGUAUUAAAAAUUUCUUCAAAA